UUUUUUGAUGGUCAUUAACGUACUGAUUUAUACAUCAGAGAGUACCUUGAUUGACCAUCGGUCGUUCUUCUUCUAUAAUCGUUCGAGUUCAAUCCAAUAUGACGCCGUUACAAAGUGUAGUAAAAAAAAAUUCCACACAUAAAUAAGGGCAUCGUUGGAGAUGCCUAACCAAUAAUAUAUACAAGUUCGAAUUUCAAAAUCGUGAGUCUCAAGUAGGGUAGACUUUGCAACAAUGGUGUUGAAGAAACUCCCAAAACCCAUUUCAAAACCCCUCCACCCUUCCUCUUCCUCCCUCCUCACUACUCCUCCGACCACCGACACCGCCGCCUUCAUUCUGCCCCCUGAACCAUCCUCCUCCCCUCCCCUUCCCACAAUUUCACUCUCCACCACCACCACGACGCAAACCCAACUAACCCACUUCCUCAAAACCCACCUCAAACCCUCCUUCACACCCCAAGACCUCCUCUCCUUCCUCAAGAAUCGCCUCCAUCACCACCCCAAUUUCACCCAAUUCGACCUCCACAUCUUCCGCUACGCCGCCACACUCGAUUCCUUCCGCCACGACCACUCCACCUUCGAAUGGAUGGUCCGAACCCUCUCCGUCACCGACCGCUUCGACGCUCUCCGCUCCGUCCUCCAAUUCAUGGUCUCGAACCAAUGCCCUUGCUCCGAUGGUAUCUUUUCGUGCUCUCGAACCGAACCUAUUUUUCGUUUUGCCAUUAAUUCUUAUUGUAGAGUUGGUAGAUUUGAUGAUGCUUUGAUUGCAUUUGAUUAUAUGAUGAAAAUGAUUGAUGGGUUACCUAAUGUUGCUGUGUAUAAUACUUUGAUUCAUGGUUUUGUUAAGUUUAGAGAACAUGAAAAGGCUUUGGGGUUUUACAAUAGGAUGAUUAAGGAUCGGGUUAAGCCGGACGUGUUUACAUUUAACAUCUUGAUUAGUAGUUAUUGCCGGAAUUCGGAAUUUGGGUUAGCUUUGGAAGUGUUCAAAGAGAUGAGGAUUAAGGGUUGUAGUCCCAAUGUAGUCAGCUUUAAUACUUUGAUUAAGGGGUUUUUUAGAGAGAGGAAGUUCGAAGAAGGGAUUGGAAUGGCGUAUGAAAUGAUUGAGUUGGGUUGUGAGUUUUCGACCGUCACUUGUGAGAUUUUGAUCGGUGGGCUCUGUAGAGUUGGUCGGGUUUCGGAGGCCUGCAACCUCGUGAUUGAUUUAUUAGAGAAAGGAGUUUUGCCUAACGGGUUUGAUUAUUUUGAUUUGAUUUCAAAGCUCUGCAAGGAAGGGAAUAUGGGGAGAGCACUGGAGGUGAUGGGUAAGCUAUGGAGGAAGGGGAAUGCUCCUAGUUUUAUUGCAUGUACAACUUUGAUUGAAGGCUUUAGGAGAGUGGGCAAAACUGAAGAAGCGGCUACAUUGAUGGAAAAGAUGUUAAAAGACGGUAUUGUUCCGGAUAGUGUGACUUAUAAUUGUCUACUUCGAGAUAUGUGCAAUGCGGGAAAAACAGUGGAAGCAAAUAAAUUGAGGCUGCUGGCUUCUAGCAAGGGUUUGGAUCCAGAUGGCAUGACCUAUAACAUUUUGGUUUCGGGAUAUACAAGGGAAGGUAAAAGGAAGGAGGGGCAAAUUUUGGUGGAUGAGAUGUUGGAUAGGGGAUAUAUACCUGAUAUCGCUACCUAUAAUAGGUUGAUGGAUGCACUUUCGAACGGAAAGAGUUCUCUUCGAUGAGAACUAAAUGUAAUUCAUGGGCAAGUCGUUGAUGUUUCAAGUUUCGAUUGCAGUGUUAAUUGUAUACAUUUGCUUGGUGUGUAACUCCUGUGCUGGUGUGAGACAGUGCAUCCCAAAUGAUGAUGUGUGUGCAUUAUGCCAUAGUAAUGUAGAAGGUUCUAGAAGGAAACAAAAUGCAGACAAUGCAGUGAAAGCAAAACAGCAAGGAAAUUACUCCGAAUUCCUUUCAAUUUUGCAGUUGUGGACUGACCUUGAUGGGAGAUGAUCAAUCAAUUAUACUUGAACAUAAUGGCAGCGAGGACUCACAAAGAGAUGAAUAUGGCACUUCAUAAUGCAGCAAUGGUUCCACUAUAACUUGGUAUAUAUAAAUUAUGUUUCACAUUCGUUAUAUAUUUUGUGAUGGUAUAUGGGAGAGUGCAGACCUAUGUUUCUGUUCCAUGCACAAGUUGCCUCAUGAAAUGAUUCAUGGAGAUGCUUGAACGUCACAUAUCUCAGCACUUAUUUUCCACAUUGUUUGGUAUGGACAAAGUUACAAUGUAUUUGUGAAUGUAUAGCCAAAAAGAAUUGUAAUAAAGCACGUUUUUAGAAAGGCAAAAUGGGAAAUGUCAUUCUCAUAGCUGUUGUGGUUCAA